GAUUAGGACAACCUCUCUCAAAUUUUACGCAAAAUUCGUUUGAUUUUUGGUGAAGCUCAGUAUUUUUUCUUUUGCAAAUUAUAUUUGCCACCCAAUUUGGCGAACCCUCACGGGCUGCGCGCGCGCGGACGAGCUGAGAGAGAGAGAGAAAGAGAGAGAGAGAUGGCUCCUUUGAAGUCUCUGGAGCGCGACUUUCCGAUAAUCGACUUCAAUUUCCAGCAGUUCUGUGCGUCUCAUGGCAUUUUCACGGAUGAUGAACUUGGAUCUGGUCUCAGCACCUAUUAUCCUUGUAUUGCAAGAGUUCUUCUCAAAUAACAUGCCUGAAGUUGCUUUAAUGGAGCAGCAAUCUACUUCAGAGAGAUUGAAGCAGGGAAUUACUCAGGUCCUCUCUAUAAUAGAUGGUCUACAUCGACCAUGGUCAAAUGGCAUGGAGUUAUUUGAAGAUACUCAGCGGAACAAAAUUGUUUUAUCUACUGGAUGUGAAGGGUAUCUUGAAUCGGAACUUUCACUUAUUGCUUUUGAUGUGGGACAUGUGACAGAACUAGUCGGGCCAUCAUCUUCCGGAAAAACGCAGGUUUGCUUACAAGCUGCCUCCACUGUAGCAAAGGACUAUGUUGGUGGUGUUGCGUUCUUAGAUACAGGAAACUCUUUUUCAGCGAAACGUGUUGCUUGCUUGAUUGGCCAGACCUUGGACCUUGACCCUGACCUAAAAGAGGCCAAACACAAAAUUGUCCAGAAAGUAAUGAGUGGCAUAUUAUGUUACUCGGUGUUUGACAUCUUUGCAAUGCUGGAUGUGCUCCAUCAGCUGGAGUCUAACUUGAAAUGUCGGGCAGGAGAUAAUGAGUUGCAUUUGCUUAUCAUUGAUUCGAUUUCGUCAUUGAUUACCACAGUCCUUGGUGGCAGUGGACCUCAUGGACAUGCUUUGAUGGUUUCUGCUGGAUAUCUGUUGAAGAAAUUGGCACACGAGCAUAAUAUUUCAGUGGUUGUGACUAAUCACAUGGUGGGUGGAGAGGGAGGCGUUCUGAAACCUGCACUUGGAGAGAGCUGGAAGUGCAUACCCCAUGUGCGGCUUCUGCUCUCCCCAGACCGUGCAAGCAAUAUCUGCAACAUAUCCUUGCUUAAACAUCCAUACAUAAUAUACUGUGAGGCUGGUGUAUCUCCUGUAGCUUCAUCCUAUGGUAAUCAGUACUUAUCUUUUUAUCUUGUUACUUAUUUGUGUUAUUUUCAUUUCCUCAGGCAUCUGGUAAAGCAGCGAGAUUAACGAUGCUUGAUUGAUAACAAUGUUUAGUUGAAUAUGUUGUUUUUUGGCAUUGAACUGAGAGCUGUAAAAGCGUUAAAUGAUAAAAAUAAUGUAUAGGAAGGAUGACGGCUUGUAGGGUUUAAGCUAUAUGAAAUAUAUUUGAAUUUGUGUAAA